AUGGCGGAGGCGGCGGGUGUAGCUUCGUUGCGAAGCAUGCUGGACCAGAAGGCACCCCACUACAACAGCAACCAACGGAGCUACUGUACAGACUAUACUUUGAAACGAUACCUGCAUGCUCGAAAGUUUGAUGUUGCUAAGGCGUUCAACAUGCUUACGGCCACGCUGGCAUGGAGGAAGGAUUUUGAUGUCGAAUCGAUUAGCAUGCUGAAAGUUCGAGGCAAUGGCGAAACAGGGAAGGUGGUGGUGAGGGGGGCAGAUAGAGAAGGGAGGCCGAUUUUGUUCUUGAGGCCGGGUCAAGAAAACUCCAAGGACGAUCACGAUGGCAACCUGAAGCACCUGGUGUACGAGCUUGAGCGAGCUGUGGCAUGCAUGGACGAGCUGCGUGGAGUGGGGAAAAUGUUGGUGAUACUGGACCUGCAGCAUUACAGCAUGUCGAAUGCCCCCCCCAUGAAGACAAGCAGAGCCACUCUGCAUAUCCUGCAGGAUCACUAUCCGGAGCGGCUGGCAAAGUUCUUGAUAAUCGAUGCUCCGUGGCUGUUCCAAGGCUUCUUCAAGAUCAUCUCUCCCUUCAUCGACAAGGAGACUGCUGCAAAGCUCGUCUUCGUGAAUGGCAAGACAGCAGAAGCAAAGAGGGAGGUUCUCUCCAAGUUCGUCGAACUCAAUCGCCUCCCCAAGUCUAUCUACGGAGACUUAGGCGAUGAGGAAUUUUUUACAGCCGACGAGUACUUCAGGUUCUGA